UUUAUCUUUCAGAAACAAGAAAGUUGUGGGAAAAAAAAAAACAAAAACAAAUCGGAUUUUGAAAGCUAAAAGAUGGAAAAAUGCAUGUGUAAUAAGGAAGAUGGAAACAAAAACUCAAAUGGGUUUAAAGAAGAAACAUCUAAAAACAAAAAGGGUGGGGGAUUUUGCUUUUUUUUUGGAAAUAGAGGAGUUUAAAGAGGGGGUUAAGUCUGGGAACAUUGCACCAGGUACUUCACUUAACAAGUUCUCACAUGAUGCACAUGAUGAGCAGAAACGUGCCACUAGAAAUGCUGAUGAGAAGGUUGAUCUGGUUGUUCAAGCAUAUGACUUGAAAAGGAUAUUGCUGCAGCAGCCGGAACACCUGGUUCGAACCCUGAUGGCAAUGGGAAGCCUGCAAAGGAGGGUCGAAGAGGAGGAUGAAAAAAGUAAUAAUCUUUUUAACAUAAAUUGUUAUUUGUUUACAAUAAGUUGUUAAAUUUGGUCACAGAUGGCUCUUUGGGUGGAGCUUUAAUGGUCAAAGUUUUGACUUUUUUUACUACUUUUUUGACUGGAGCUUUAAUGAUAAUCUUGAAUCUUAAA